AUGGAGGAGCGAGGCCAGUGGAGCAACAAGCUGGAGUUCAUCCUGUCGGUCGCAGGCUCCAUCAUCGGACUGGGCAACAUGUGGCGGUUCCCCUACCUCUGCUACAAGAAUGGAGGAGGGGCGUUCCUCAUCCCCUACAUGAUCUUCCUGUUCACCUGUGGCGUCCCCGUCUUCUUCCUGGAGACGGCCCUGGGCCAGUUCACCAGCCAGGGAGGCAUCACCUGCUGGAGGAAGAUCAGUCCCUUGUUUGAAGGACUGGGCUAUGGCACCCAGGUGAUAGUGACCCUGCUGAACUUCUACUACAUCAUCGUUCUGGCCUGGGGCAUCUUCUACCUGUACUAUUCCUUCUCCUGGGACCUGGCCUGGUCGUCCUGCAACAACACGUGGAACACAGAAAACUGUAUGGAGUUCCAGAAGAGAAACUUGUCUUCCAACUCCUCAUUCAACGCCACCUCUCCUGUAUUGGAGUUCUGGGAGAGGAGAGCGCUGAGAAUUUCUCCCGGCAUCGACCAGAUCGGCUCUCUGAACUGGGACCUGGCCCUGUGUUUGUUCAUCGCCUGGAUCAUGUGCUACUUCUGCAUCUGGAAGGGGGUGAAAUCCACCGGAAAGGUGGUGUACUUCACUGCGACCUUCCCCUACCUGAUGCUGAUCGUGCUGCUGAUCAGGGGGCUCACGCUGCCCGGGGCUGCGAUCGGGAUCAAGUUCUACCUUUACCCAGACCUGGGACGCCUGUCGGACCCACAGGUGUGGAUGGACGCCGGCACCCAGAUCUUCUUCUCCUAUGCCAUCUGUUUAGGGUCGCUGACAGCUCUGGGAAGCUACAACAAAUACAACAAUAACUGCUACAACGGCACCAGUUUUGUGGCGGGCUUUGCGAUCUUCUCCAUCCUGGGUUUCAUGUCUUAUGAACAGAACGUCCCGAUCUCAGAAGUAGCCGAGUCUGGUCCUGGCCUUGCCUUCAUAGCUUACCCCCGUGCUGUAUCCAUGAUGCCCUUCUCUCCCGUGUGGGCCGCCCUCUUCUUCAUCAUGAUUGUGUUUCUGGGGCUGGACAGCCAGUUUGUGUGUGUGGAGAGCCUCGUGACGGCGAUCGUGGACAUGUACCCGACUGUGUUCCGCCGCAAGAACCGCAGGGAGCUCUUCCUCUUGGUCGUUGCUUUCGUCUCCUUCCUCAUGGGCCUCAUCAUGCUGACGGAGGGAGGCAUGUACAUCUUCCAGCUCUUUGACUACUACGCAGCCAGUGGGAUGUGUCUGCUCUUCAUGUCCAUCUUUGAGACUGUCUGCAUAGCAUGGGUCUAUGGUGCCGAUCGUUUCUAUGACAACAUUGAGGACAUGAUUGGGUACCGACCAGGACCGUACAUCAAGUUCUGUUGGAAGUUCCUCACCCCGGCCACGUGCAUCGGUACCUUUGCCUUCUCCAUCAUCAAAUACACUCCUCUCAAGUACAACAAUGAGUAUGUGUACCCAUGGUGGGGCUACGCCAUCGGCUGGCUGCUGGCUAUGUCCUCCAUAAUGUGCAUCCCGCUCUGGAUGGUGUACAAGAUCAGCACGACUCAGGGGACAUUCCGAGAGCGCAUUCAGGUGCUCAUCACACCUUCUGAUGAUUUACCCAAAACCAAGAGGGAGCAGGAGAGGCUGCAGGCCAUCUUUGCUCCCGAGGACGACGCCACCACGGCUAAAAAUGGCUACUUCCCCGUCUCAGACAAAGACACCAACGUAUGAGACUCCACUGGGGAUACGUACGAAAGAGACGUGUGGUUUUUUUGGUUCCAUCAAUCACUUGCUGCAUCCUCCCUCCGCCCCUAAGAUCAGUGCAGGGAAAGGUGUAACAAAGUGUCACAUCAUCUACUAUAACUUGUGGAGGACUCAGGAGAUAACAGGCCGACAGUGUUGGGCUUUGGCAGAGCCCGGCAUUUCAGGGAUAACAGUAAUAUGAUAAAAGUCUGAUACUGGAGAUUAAAAAGUAUCUUUUCACAUAUUGGAUAUGUAGACGUUUGGGAAGGGACAAGAGCAUUUUUUUCAGGGACAAAAGUAAUUUGCUUUACUCAGAAUGAAAUCCAUUAAUAUGCUGGCAUGGAUUGUUCGGCUCUGCAUUUCAUCGAUGAUGUAAAUAGCACAACACAAUGUAAGAUGGAAUUCAUGAGUCAUUAACAUUUUGGUUUCACAAGUGCCACUAAAAGUUUUCUGCAAAUGCAUUUGACAGUAAGAGUGCAGGUUACAACUGUUAAACGAAGUCUCCUUGUCUAUCGGUAACAUAACUUCAUGGCUACUUGGUCAUAUUUGUAUCAUAUAUUGUAUUAUCAUAACUGAUUGCGGAGAUUUUUUUUUUUGCAUUUACAAGAAUUUAAUUAAAAUUUUAUAUUUUACGUGAAUAGACUGUGAAAAUGUAGAAUGCCAGUGAAAAUUAUAUAUAUUACUCUGUAGAUGUGCAGUAGGUUGAGGAUUAACAUGGUACAUGCAGGGUAGUUUCGUAUUGUAUAAUAUGAAUCUUGUAAGUACAUUUUUAAAUAAAGAUGCUAAUUUUCA